GAGUAGAAUGAGAAAAAUAAAUAAAGCAAAACACAAAUAAAAAAAAAAAACAAAUGAAUAAUAAAUAUAAUGAAUAGAAGCUCGUGAUUUUACCGUUAAUAAAGCAUUGAUGAUAGACAAAACAAAAUCGAAAACAAAUAAUUCGUCAGAAAUAUUUUCUCUAAUGAUUUAUUAUUUAAUUUAAUUUGAAGUGUAUAAGCGUGUGUGUGUGUGUGUGUAUGAAUUUUUAAAAUAUUUGAAAAAUCAUUGGAGUUGAUUACAUUGAAUAAGACAUAAAAAUAAAUUGUAGACAACAAAUUGUAAAAAAAUGACAAAUUAACGAUAGAAACCAUCGAAAAACAACGAGAACAACAAAUCAUUCAGUCAUAUCUGCUGCUCAUGCGUAGCACAUUAAAUAAAUCUUGUGGAGUUCAAUACUUAACAAAUUUGUGUUGCAAGGAGCACGCAACUUUGCCAUAAGAUUCAUUACAGUGCAAAAUUGGCGAACAUGUAUAUGUUUUUAUUUCGACAACAAAAUAUUUGAAGUGAUCGUUGAGCGGGAGACAACCAUAAAACGCAUAACAACAAAUUACUUGGGCAUUGAGAGGGUAUCACAGUGAUAUCUAAACGCUUCGUGGGUGUGUGCAUGCGUUGGUGUUUUGCAACUUUGUGUUUUUUUGAUUCGGCUUGUUAAUGUAUAGCACUACAGCAUAGAGAUUAAUAUAAAAAUGUGUCGUUGCUGUCAAAUCUGCUGGGAGGAUUUUUAUUGGAAUUGCUUUGAGGAAAGGUUUUGCUAUGACGAAUCCAUUGCUAAUUAUAAUCCCGAAGAUGAUGAAGAUUACAUUGUCUCGCAGAAGAAUGGCAAUAUAUUGGGACAGAUACAAUCGGCCGAUAAUAAUAAUUUGAGAGUACCUGCAAUCAUCUGUGAUCAACCGAUACGACGCAAUCAUUCCAGUAUUUUAAGUAAUGCUAAAAUUCAUGAAGAAGAUUAUCGCCGUGAGACACAAACAAAUAUGCCAAUGCUGGGACCUGAAAUACUGGCUGUUUUCGCCAACUCCCAAAUAUUUCAAGAUCAUCAGCCAACGAAACUGACGCGGAUUAGUACAACAAAAUCGAACAUGAUCGGCAUACAUUCGCCAAAAAGCGAACAACAAGAUCGCCUAAUGAGACGACUGGAAGGCAAUUACGGUAGUGUCACGGAUGUAAAUGCUGAUAUAAGAGAAACCUCUUCGGAUAAACGCAUCAUCUUUACUAUAACCAGUGAAUCCUCACCGGAAGGUAGUCAAAUAUUAACAUCGAAAAAAUUCGAUUCCAUUGUUGAAGAAGAUUUAGAUGGCGUAAUACUAAGACCACGAUUAAUCGAUCGGCAUCAACAUUUAUUGCCUGUGAUGUCGGCGAGUCCACGAAAAGUAUUACGAAAUGCCAAAAGUGUGCCACAUUUCAAUGUACGUCCGACUGCUAGUGAAACGGAUAUUUUCUCAAUAACUGGAUCAGGUAAUCCUAUAAGUAUGACGCCAGAGGUCCCAUCAAUCUCGUACACGCAUUUACCGAAAAAUUACGAGGAUACGCCAACGAUUGAAAAAUAUCGUGUUUCGCAAAGUUUGUAUUCAAUACAAACGACAAAUGCAGCUAUAGCAACGAGUAGAGAUGACUACUCAAUGCCGCGUUAUUUUCGACGUUCGGCUUUAAUGUCACAAAGCAGUGAAGUGCUUGUCGAUCCAUCUGCUGCAUCAUCACGCGAAGAAAUACAUUCACGUCCGGAAAAAGAAAAAAGUAAACGUUUACAAAGGUUACGUGGUACACUCCCGCCAUUGCUAAUACAUUCCGUGUCGUUUCGUAAAACUCGAGAUGAAACUAAACAAGUUCAUUGAGAGAUAAGCAGAAUAAAAAGAGCAGAAAGUCAGAUUUCCUGCUGCUUGCUUUAACUUAAGUUAUUUAUUUAACUUUUUUGAGUAUACCUUCUAAGCGAUGAUUAAUUGUUUCCCAUAAGCUGAGUAAUUAAUGCGAAACUUAACUUAAAUGGCUGUAUUUUGAUUCGUACUUGG